UAUUGGUUACUUUACACUCCCAUUCCUGGUCCAUGCCGCUGCCGCCUUUGUCCACGCCUGCGAGUGGAAUCCUCAUGCUGUAGAAGCUUUGCAGAGAGAAAUCUGGAAAUGAACAAAGUCUCUCAUCGAUGCCAAGUACACGAAGGAGAUAACAGAGAGUUGAGGUUGGAAGAUGUUGCCGACCGCGUGAACUUGGGCCUCAUCCCCACAUCAGAAGCUGGUUACCCCAUAGCUUGUAAACUCCUGAAGAAAAACUCUGGCGGUGUGCUCCACAUCCACCACAACGUCAACUGCUUUCUGGGCAAGCAAGGAGCGGGUGCAGGGGAUGCCGAGGACAAACCUUGCAGUUGGAGGACGUUGGCUUGGAGGAAGUGGGCGGAGUCAGUGGAGAUUAAAAUCCAGAGUAUGCUUUCGGAGGUUCAUGGUGCCCCGUGGCAGGCUAAGAUCUUGCAGGUGAAGAAAGUGAAGUCCUAUGCUCCUCACGUGGACCAUGUAGUCUUGGAUCUUGACUGCCGACCGUUGUCAGGCCUGUGA